AUGACACUAGACUAUUCUCUACUGUCUGUCCUCACUUCCCAUGACAUUUGCUCACCUGAAUGGCUUACUCACGGAGAUCUCCUAGAAGCAUUCCUACCGAUUCCUUGGUUCUCCCUGCAAAACGCCGUUUCUUCCCCUUCAAGAUCCCAAACUAGUCGCCAUCAUCAACUGCGCCAUUACAUAAGCACUGCAGACCCGGACAUUAUUUAUGUCGUUGCCAACAAGGUAGUUCACUCGAUCCACGUCAAGUCGCAGAAAUGGGAUACAAUCGAGCGCAUACCGUUCGAGCCCAAGUGCCUUGCGGCAUCCUAUGGCUGGAUUGUUGUUGGGGGAUCUGAUAACGGGGAGUGUGCAUUUAUCAGGCUCCCUGGUCGAGAGUCGCCGGUAUUAAAUGACAUGAGACUGGACACAGCAGACGUGGAUGCUGCAUUGCCCAUCGAGCUGGACUCGGACACACGAACGCUUCCGACAGAGGAUGCCUCGACAGAGCAACAAAGGACUUCUAACAUCUCUAGUAGUCGCAGUGAUCUACCUGACUUCUUCACCAAGGCACUCACUGGCAGCAUUGUAAAUUCCGUCACAAUCCACCGCCUUCCGGGCGAGGACAGCCUAGGAUUUGCCCAUGAGGACCUGGCUAUUUUCAGCAAUAACGACAAAACUGUCAAAAUAUAUUCACUCACGCGAUGCAAAUUAAUCGAAACGAAACAUCACCGCAAAUGCAUGAACUAUGCCGUAAUUUCUCCCGACUCCAGUCUGCUCGCAGCUGUAGGUGACGAGAAUUUCGCAUACUUUUAUCGAAUCACACGUGACCUAACCACGGUUGACUAUGGCGAACGAGGCGAGAGAUUGUCGGGUUGGAAAUGGGAAAAGUGCUGUCGAAUAGAACUGGCUCUUAGCGCCGAUUUAGAUGCAACUUCAGGUUUCGACGAUGGCAGCUGCUUCACUAUCGCCUUUUCACCCUCCAGCCGCUUGUGUGCUAUUGGCUCGCAGUCUGGCAUUAUAAGCAUAUACGACGUAGAAACAAUCUCCAAAUCGAGCGGAGAAGAUUUCGAUGCAAGAUUGACCCUAUUUCGGUCAUCCCAGCCCGACUCCGCUGGUGCAGUACGCAGUAUGGCUUUUUCGCCAGAGCCAUGGGAUCUUUUGGUGUGGGUUGAGGACACCGGAAGGUUCGGAGUCGUUGAUAUUCGUUCAGGUUUCUUCCGCCGACAAGUGGUGAACUUGGACAGGGACGACCCUAAUCUAGAGAAAGUCCGCACCACCUUCAAUUCACCUUUUCUUUCACGUUCUGAAAGUGGUGACAAUGAAUUCGGUAUGAGAGACGAGUCGGACAGCUUCCAAGAAGCGAUUUUAGAUCUGCUAAGCGGGACAUCGUUGAUAGGAUUUAAUGCUGAAACUGACCGAAUCAGUUCAUUGCGCGAAAGUGUUCAGGGUCUCACCGAAAGGGAACGGCAGAUCAUCGAAUAUCUCAACACGGCCCGGUCAUCAUCCGGACGAGAAAGCGAUGCAGGAGACCGGACACCGAGUACAGAUAGUCACUCACGGCAACGGGCCACUGCCUCAUCCCUAGGUGGUACUGGUGCUGCAGCUGCUGACGUCGCUCAUCCCUUAUCUCGUGCUACCUCGCCCUUCCGCUCCACAGAUGCAGCACUCCAUGAGCUCUUCCGCGAGCAUUAUCUUGGGCGAGUUGGUUCCACAGAGCGUAAUUUCGGCCAAAGACGCCGCGCAUCCAUCGUGAUCUCGCAGCCCGGUCAAGUUGCAGGUCCUCUUUCUAACGCUCAAAGCAGCGACGACAAUAAUCCCGCUGCAGCGGAUAUCCAACUUAGGCUUCGAUGGACUACCUCACCCAUGGACAUGCAAGCCGCAGAAAAUUAUUCUCACAGCAAUGAUGCCAGUAUUGAGAAUGAGUUAUCAACCAAUGAAUCGAGUACAGAUAACGGCCAAGGAAAUGCUGGUAUUGGAACCGAGCUUUGGAAUAUGGCAUUUUCUAGAGAAGCGGUUCCAACGGAAGCCUGGCAAUUAUCCCAACGUUCAAGGUCGAUCCCUCGUCGUAUCAUGCGCCCGGGUACCACAACAGAAAACCGGUACGAUGCCCAACGUGCAACAGCAGCGGAAUUGCGAGCCAGUGUAGCCGCAGAACGGCUUCGACGCCAACGGUUGGCAGCCAAUGAUACUCGUUCGCCCAGAUGGAUCAGACAUAUUUUGAGCAACGACCCAGCCGAAAGACAUUUUGGCUAUAUGCCCCAAAACCAAGAUCCUGCAGACACUGCAGGGGUCGGAUGGGGUGCUGAUGGGAGAAGCCUAUAUAUCGGCACAGUCGAAGGAAUAUUUGAAUUCCAAAUCAAUGUGCAGGACCGCAAAAGUUUUCCAGUGUUUUAUAAACCAUGUAGCGAUCGUAUGUCAGUACAUGACGACUCGGACUGUUUCGCAAUGGUGGUGGAUAUUCUGUCCUCAAGGCUGGCUCAGCUCCAGCUCAACGCUGACAAGCUCGACGCAGCAGUCUAUGAUGCACGGCUGAUUGACCAAGAAGAAGGCGUGAUGGACACUCUGCCGUCUCGAAAAAAAGUUCGCCACAAUGAGGAAGACCUGAAAGCGGAGUUGGAGAACGAAUUUCUCACUCCUUCGCCACAAUUCAGCCCGGAUUGGUUAAAUAGGUUGCAAAGGAGAUGGGACGUGUCUAUCGAUUAUCAGGAUAUUUUUGAAAUAGCACCCACCCAGACUCGCACCAUCAUUCGCUUUAAUCGCGAAGGUCUCGAAGGGCGAGUAACGGCCUACCAUGAAGUUACAGUACCAGCCAGUAGCGCCACGGCGAAAAACUCGACAUCUUUGCUCCGCCGUCCAGCAGCCCGAGCUGACUUUGUACGGGGUGCAGCCGGGUUUUUUCCAUUUGCACCGGGCGGUCUAGAUGGAGUUGAGGCGAUUGCUGAAAUGGAAUCGGAGAUGCAGGCCAACGAACAGCAGCGACGCGGCACCAAAAACCAGGGUCUUGAUCGUAUCAUCAAUUUUGGUAGUGAAGGCGGAUUGCUGGAAGUACCGCCGGGAUUCUCUCGAGGACUGCAAAUGAAGAAACCCGAAUCAAAAGAUGCGGAAGAAGAUGACCAAGAAGUGGAGAGGACUUUGGAGCGCGAAGACGAGGGUGUCAAAGUUGACCGCCCUGAAGUGGAUCGAAACGCCGAGGAAUAUAGAGAGGAUGAAGACAAAGUUCCGAGUGAGGAUGAAGAGGAGGAGGAGGAGGAGGAUAUUGAUUCCUUGCUACCAGUAGAAUUCCCGGCCUUUGAGCCUCGGAGUCAGCUGCUGGCAGCGACAGCGAAGAAAGGUGGCCGUGAAUGGGCACAUGUUGUGGAUAUUAACAAAGAAAUAUCAAAUUUCCAUGAUCUGGUUCCCGAUAUGGCGAGGGAAUGGCCAUUCGAGCUGGAUACCUUCCAGAAGGAAGCCGUCUAUCAUCUAGAAAAUGGAGAUUCGGUUUUCGUUGCAGCUCACACUUCUGCAGGAAAGACGGUUGUGGCGGAGUAUGCUAUUGCACUUGCUGCAAAACAUAUGACAAAAGCCAUUUACACGUCACCGAUUAAGGCUCUGAGCAAUCAAAAGUUCAGAGACUUUCGAGAAACAUUUGAUGAUGUCGGCAUUCUAACAGGUGAUGUCCAGAUAUCACCUGAGUCAAGCUGUCUGAUUAUGACUACUGAGAUUUUGCGAAGCAUGCUCUAUCGAGGGGCGGACCUCAUUCGGGAUGUCGAAUUUGUGAUAUUUGAUGAGGUACACUAUGUCAAUGACAUGGAGAGAGGUGUCGUAUGGGAAGAAGUGAUCAUCAUGCUCCCGGAACAUGUUACUUUAAUUCUCUUGUCCGCCACAGUCCCGAACACUUAUGAAUUCGCCUCGUGGGUUGGACGCACGAAAAAGAAGGAUAUAUAUGUCAUUUCCACCCCAAAGCGUCCGGUUCCACUAGAGCAUUACCUUUGGUCUGGUAAGAGCAUGCAUAAGAUUGUCGACUCGAACAAAAAAUUCAUCGAAAAGGGCUGGAAGGAGGCAGAUGAUAUUCUUUCUGGGAGAGAUAAGCUCAAAGCACAGAAAGCUGCGGAGGCACAGGCUCAAUCCCUGGCCAGUAAACGAGGCGCACCACAGGGUCGAGGCCGUGGUGGCCAACAGCAAAUCAAUGCUAGGGGAGGUGGGCCAAGAGGCGGAGGACAAGGACAAGGGCGAGGGAGAGGACAGCCUGCCAACAGAGGAACAGGUAAUAUUGCUCGCACAGGACGGGGAGGAGGAAGGACUACAGCAGCACAAGAUCGAAAUGUGUGGGUUCAUCUUGUGCAGCAUUUACGCAAAGAAAACCUACUCCCUGCUUGCGUUUUCGUAUUCUCCAAAAAGAGAUGUGAAGAGAAUGCCAAUUCCCUCUCAAACCAGGAUUUUUGCACAGCAGCUGAAAAAAGUGCUAUUCAUAUGAUCAUUGAAAAAUCAUUAGUCCGCCUGAAACCUGAAGAUAGGGUUCUUCCUCAGAUUCUCCGACUGCGAGAACUACUAAGCCGAGGAGUCGCUGUACAUCACGGUGGCCUCUUGCCAAUCAUGAAAGAAAUAGUUGAGAUACUUUUUGCUAGGACUUUAGUCAAGGUUCUCUUUGCAACAGAAACAUUCGCUAUGGGAUUGAAUUUACCCACUCGAACAGUGGUAUUUUCUGGGUUCCGCAAACACGACGGCAAGAAUUUUAGAGAUCUCCUACCUGGAGAAUAUACUCAAAUGGCAGGAAGAGCCGGCCGGAGAGGACUGGACACUGUUGGAUACGUGAUUAUCGUUACCAGCGGCAGAGACGAGGCACCACCUGCUGCUGCUUUGCGCCGCAUGAUGCUCGGUGAUCCCACCAAACUAAGGUCCCAAUUCCGUCUAACUUAUAACAUGAUUCUCAACCUUCUGCGUGUCGAAGCUCUCAAAAUAGAAGAGAUGAUCAAGCGGAGCUUCAGUGAAAAUGCGACCCAGGCUCUCUUGCCAGAGCACGAGAAGCAGGUACAGUUAUCCGAAGCCAGUCUUUCGAAGAUAAAACGUGAGCCAUGCAGUUACUGCGACGAUGAUCUUGCGGUUUGCCAUCAAGCGUCUGUCGAAUACGAGAAGCUUACUCGAGAUCUUCAUCUGGGGCUUAUUUCGUCGCCUGUUGGGAAGAGGCUGUUUAUGAUCAAGAGGCUUGUCGUUUAUAGAAAGGAUGGGAUUCGCACGGCGGGAAUCCUUCUUCGCGAAGGCGUCGCUGCCGGUGCAGAGCCGAAUAUCCACGUAUUAGAGAUAGGUGCCGUGAGCGACAAGCGGCAUCCAAGCGAUAUCCUACCCUUUCUACCAACUUUCCGACAUUUCUUCAGAAACCUGCCCACAAAUACCGCCGAGAUGUCCCUGACCAUCACUCAAGUUGCUCUAGGAGAUGUAGAGUGCGUGACGAACACCAUCGUCAAGUUUACGGCGCCGAUAUGGUAUCUGAACAUCAAGAAAGAGGCAAAGAUAUUUGCUGAUAAGCAAUUGUUAAACUACUGUGUGUCAUGGGAGACUUCUAGUUGGGACGAACUCGACUGGGAUCGUGUCAAGGAAUUACAAGUGCGCGAAAUCUUGAACAAGAGACAAUCCCAGGCAGCUAUAGCGCAGAGCUGCCACUGUCUUUCAUGUCCGGACUUUCUCAAACACUUUGAGAUGCAACAUGACGAGUGGCAGGUCAAGGAAAACAUCUCGCAACUGCGUCAGCUCAUGUCGGAUCAGAACCUUCAGUUGCUCCCGGACUACGAGCAGAGGGUUGAAGUUCUCAAAGAGCUUGGUUUUGUAGAUGCCGAAUCGCGGGUUUUAUUGAAGGGCAAAGUCGCUUGCGAGAUACAUUCGGCGGAUGAACUAGUUCUCACCGAACUGAUUCUUGAAAACGUGUUGGCUGAGUACGAACCAGAAGAAAUCGUGGCUCUUCUAUCGGCGUUUGUCUUUCAAGAGAAAACGGAAAACGAGCCGACGCUGACAGCUCGGCUGGAGAAAGGAAAGGAGGCAAUUAUCCGGAUUGCCGAUAAAGUGAACGACUUCCAAAUCCUCCAUCAAGUCAUCCUCUCUAGCGAGGACUCCAACGACUUCACCAGCAAGCCUCGCUUCGGGUUGAUGGAAGUAGUGUACGAGUGGGCGAAAGGCAUGUCCUUCAACCGCAUCACAGAUCUGACAGACGUCAUGGAGGGCACCAUUGUUCGCACCAUUACUCGGCUGGACGAAACGUGCAGAGAGGUCAAGAAUGCGGCGAAGUUGGUGGGCGACCCUACACUGUACCUCAAGAUGCAGCAGGCUCAAGAGAUGAUCAAGCGCGACGUGAUCUUUGCGGCGUCUCUGUAUAUGUAG